AUGGAGAUUUUCGUUAAAACCCUCACCGGGAAGACGAUUACCAUCCACGCCGGCAUAUUCGAUACCGUCGGCGAGAUUAAGGCCAAAAUCCACCUCAAGGAAGGAAUCUCCCCGGACCAACAGAGGCUCAUCUUCGGCGGCAAGCAGCUCGACGAUGCACGGACGCUCUCCCAUUCCGAAGUCCGUAACGAGUCAACGUUGCACUUAAUUCUCCGUCUACGCGGCGGCAUGCAGAUCGUCGUCAGAAACCUGUACGGCAUAUACCUCACACUCAACGUCGACGGUGACGAGACAUUCGACGAUCUGAAUUUCGCGUAUAAAGGCCGUAAAGUGGUGGCAGAAGGAACAUUGGCAGACUCCGGCAUUGAUGCGGGUUCCGUACUCGUUCUAUACAGAAGCGGAUUACUAAUCAACGUACACAUAGAGAACCGCGAUAUUCAUAUGACAAAUCUUCAAGUUGAAACGGCAGAAACCGUGAGGAGCGUAAAGGAAAAGAUCGAGAAUAAUCGACAUAUUAGGCGAGAACUUCAAAUAUUGCAAUGCGAUGGAGUAGUUAUGGAGGACAGGUAUUGCUUAUACAGAUACCCAAUCAACGAAUAUAUAUGGCUCGUACUUGAUAUCUCGAUGCUGUCUAUCACAUUGAAAACCCUGACAAAUGAGAGGGUUGAAUUGAUACUCGACGGAGAGAUGUUAGUCGGUGAUUUAAAGUCUCGUAUUCAAGUGGCGAUGAAUUUUCCGAGAGAACAACAGGUUCUGAUUUACGAAGACUACGUGCUCGCAGAUCAUAGGGAUUUCAAUUUUUAUCGAGUUCUUAGCGGGUCUGUGAUCUAUUUGAUAAUAAGGCUACGUACGAGGAGGGAGGACUAG